UCAGAGUUCCUUUCGGAUGGACUCACGGACAAGCUUGAGCAUAAUUUUCUUUGCUGUCUGCCUGGUGCUGACCUGUUAGACAGAUCAAGGAAGGAAUGGCAGUAUUGCCAAGUGUGGAAACAUCAGUGUACAGUGGGGACGUUACAGAAGCUCGAUCUGUUCCAUCAUGUUGAAAGUUUAAAACGUGCCUUGCUCAUGAAUUGUAAAUACCUGCUUUGGAGACUACCUGUGACUGUGAAGAGCAACUUCAUCUGACAAUAAGUACAACAAGGCUCACUUGGCAGGUAGGAAAUAAUUCAACAGUAGAAGUGAAGUAGGGUUUUAUGUAAAAAAUUUGCUCAGCAGUGUGGUAAAUUGUUCAUCAGGUGGGAGUCUUCAAAUAAAGGUCCAACAUCUUUGUAAAGGAUGUUUUAGAAGAUCUUAGCAGCAUCAGUACCUUAGUUCCAUUAGAAACUGAGCUUCAUGCAGAAAUGAUGAAAUUCUCAGAACUCUAGUGCAAGAAAUUAGUCCAGAUUAUUACACUUUAGAUGUCUAUCUGAAAAUUAAGAUAAAAUUUGCUCUUAUUUUAACAUCUCCCAGAUUUCAUUAUCUAAAUCUUUGAGAAACAGAAUUACAUAGUAGAAUAAAAUUAUUAGUGAUGCUUCUGCUUACUGUUUUAUGUAUAUCUGUUUACGCCUGGUUUGCAUGCAUCUCUCUCUCUGUAGCAUUUUAGCUUUUACUGCCUAACUAAAUCUGUAUAGAAUAUUGUACAUCUGUUGAAACUUCUAAUUGCUAUUCAAUAUACUAAUAAAUAUCAAUUUAUGAAAGCACAAGUAUUUUAAAUAAACUCUAUUGUUCUAGAUAAAAUUGUUCUUACUACUGAGAGGACCCCUCUGUAGUCUACAAUAAACCUUGUUUUGGGAGUAACAACCAUCCAGCAAAAUUCAGGGGUUUUUGCUUGUUUGUCUCACUAUUUUUUUUAACUGGACGAGGUGCUUUCAUUUACUGUGAACUUGGGAGCUUUCUAAGCUGUAUCUAGAAUGUAUAUAAAGUACAGGAUUGAGAUCUUUGCUGUCUUCAAAGCUAGCAUCAUCGUAACAGUAGCUAUACAAGCUUUGCUGCAAUGCACCUUAUAGUCUUGGAUGGUUGUAGCUAAACAACAUUAGAGUUAACCAGCCUUUCUAAAUCCAAAGGCUUCUGUGCCUGAUUUUAUGAUGCUUUGCAAGAAAGUCCAAAUUAACAUUAUUAUUAUUAUUUAUUUCCACCAGUUAAAUAAUACUUUAUCAAUAACAUGUAUUGUGAGGUGAUGCAUUAUGAGCAUGUAAUGGCCUCCCUAUGUCAACGGUCUUACUGGACAUUUUUCCCGUUUGAAUGGCGUACAAUGUAAGAACAAAGCACAUCUAUGCAUGUUGCCUUGUUUUUCUACCUCUACUGGAAGAUAACUUCAGUAUGAAGACAGAUCAACUUCAUUAAAUCCUAAUUUUUAUGUUUGUUUUUUUUCUCUAAUGUAUUGGUCUAGCAAAUUCUGUGAACACAAAUCCAUGCAGUAACAGAUUGCUGUGGAUCAGGUCCUAGAACACUUAAUAUAUGCUACUUGUGUAAUUCUGUUUACUAUUUAUUUACUUGCACUUUGCAGGUUCCUAUUUCAGCAGUCAGGUCAAUUUGCUGAUAUGGAAAAAAAGUUCAAUUUCUUACAGCAAGAAUCUGAAAAAUUCUUGGAUGUGGAAAAUAAAGUCAACUUUAUUUCUGAAAAGCUUGAGUCUUCUGAAAGUAUCCUACAAGCAGCUGCCUCGCCUGUCUCUGUGGUGACUGAGUUUGAGCAGGAAAUAUCUUCUCUUCAUAACAUCAUAAAUGAUAUUCAAAACAAUGAGCAGACUCUCUCUCUAAAGCUGCAGAACAUUAAGGAGAAGUUCCACAAUGUUACAAAUUCCUGGAGAAGCAGCUUGGAUGAAAUGAAAGCAAACACCAAUGGCUUAAAAUCAGAAGUGAAAUCCAUACAUACAGGAGUUACUUCCCAAAUUAAUGAAGUUGACCAAAGAAUUAAAUCCCUUUCCGAAAGAGUAAGAGAUUUGGAAGACAGUACAGCCAGAAAUAUUAAAACACUAAAAAGGCAAGAAGAUGAUGAAUUCUCUAGAGUUGAGCAGAAGUUGGACUUGCAUGCAAAGGCAGUUGAAAAGCUAGAAGAACAACAGAAUAAUCUGGCAGCUAAGGACACAGACCUGCAUCAGAAACUUGUGAACUAUGAACCUAAAAUUGAGGACUGCAAGACCCAUUUGCCAACAAUUGAAAAUACUAUUCACUCUAUUCUUAGAUUAUCAAGUGAAUUACUAAGUAUGGAGAAAAAGAUAGAGGACUUGACAACACAGAUAUAUACUGUGGAAAAGGAUAUGUUGAAAUCUGUUUCUGAUACAAUGGCCAUGCAAAAGGUUCUUGAAGGCAUACAGUACAAUGGCAGCAUAUUGAAAGUGCAGGGUGAAAUAGUGGUUUUAGAAGAAGUCAUGCAUGACAUGAAAGUAUCUUCAAAAGAAAUAACUUUGGAAAGCUGUAACUUAGAAAAUGACCAGAAUGGGGAUAAGUGAAUUGGGACUUAAGGCCUUCAUUGUUGAAAGAGCACUUUAUAAUAAAUAAUGUGACUCCAACAUAUGUUAAGGGUAGCUGAAAUAUUGUCAUUAAUUUAAAUAGGCAUUAGAUUAGAUCGAAAGGCAAACUUAUUAUAAAGAGGCUAGAGAGCAAGAAAUACUGUGUUGAAGGAGGAAGGAGUAUCAUCUUAAGGAUUAUUUUAGCUUAUUUAUUAAAAGUUCAUUUUUAUUAGGAAUUUGAAGCAAAGUAUUUAGAGAUAAAAGGGGAAAAGAAGUCAAAACUGAAGACAUCAGAUUACAAUUUACAUUUAGUUUUCACUACUUUUUUUUAUAUUGUUACUUUUUGUAUUAUAUUCCAUGGACAAUUAUAUUACCAUGAACAAUUAAGUUCUUAUUUCUAGUCAGAUAUACACGUACUUUGCUUUUAACGUAUUAUAUGCCAUAAUGUUUUUGUGCUUACAAUACAGACUUCUCAAUGUCAGAGUUUUUACUGGGAUCCACAUAUUUUUAUUAUGUGGAGAAACACACUAAGUACGUUUCUACCACCUGCAGCUUAGAUACAGCAGCAUGACAGAAAACAUUAGUAAAGUACCCCUUAUGGAGAAACUUGUCUUGUACUGGUAUUUAUAAGCAGGGGGUUACAUAGCAGCUGGUGUUAUCAUUCAUUUCUUUCACCCUGUGCAAGUGCCCUCCUCAGGCCUCAUUCCAGCAUUUUCAGACUUCCUGAAAUCACUGGCAUAGUUUUUUGUUCUGCCAUUGGACUACACGUAGACUGAAGUUCUUAUUUACAGAUAUUCCUGUUAGGUGGUUCUUCCUACAUUUAAUUUGCAAUUUUGGUGUGAUCAGUCACUAUUAGUUUGUUGGGGGUUUUUCUGUUUGGUUGGGUUUUGUGAGUUAGUUUGGUUUUUCUGGUGCUGUUAGAAAUAAGUUUUAACUUUUGCAGAAUGUUCUCUGUUAGACAUUACGUGACAUGUCUGGUAUUGCUUUGCAUUUCAAAGGGGAAAAAAAACCUGAACAGUGUCGCUGACAUUGGUUCCCAAAGUUUGGUGAACCAAGAGCUGCAGAAGCAGUUAAUGAAAGCCGUGGAGUUAUGUAUUUGGGGGCACGGAAUAUCUAAUUUAUCCAUAGAUCUAAUAGAUCUGCUUACACAGGAUGUAGUACUACCUAAUGUGCCUCAUAGUUGUUCUACUGAAAUUUGGAUCUCAGGACCACCCUAAACUUGUGUCUGCAGACUUCUGUCUUGAUAAUUUCCUAUUUCUGAACUCAGGAAAGUAGAUUGCUUAGUAGACAGUAUGAACCUACAACAUUCGUGACUUAAUCAGGCUAAAGUUAAAUUAUUCUGGCUUUGUACAUUCAAAUUAUUCUGGCUUUGUACAUUCAUUUAUCUAGAACUCUACUGAAAUCUUCACUACAGUUAAUGUUGCCCACUCAAGAGACUAUGAAGCCAGCACUUCUCAAUGUUAGAAAGGCUAUCAAUUUCACAUAUUUAUUACUUUUGUACAGAUUUGUAUGUGUUUACAGUCAUAUUCAAUUAAAAUAUGUUGUAGUGGAUCA